AAUCGAAGUGAUGUCGCAUUAACCCUUUUUUGCUAUUUUGGCUUCGGUGUCGGAAACACGGAACUCGGGAGGUCCGAAGAAUAGCAAGUAACCAGUUUCUCUCUCAUUGCUCUUGCUGCUGUACACUUUCGAAGAAACAAUGGCAGCUAACUUGGAAGACGUACCCUCCGUUGAUCUCAUGACCGAGCUUCUUCGUCGUAUGAAAUGCUCUUCUAAGCCUGACAAACGCCUCAUUCUAGUUGGACCCCCUGGAUCGGGUAAAGGUACUCAGUCACCACUUAUUAAGGAUGAGUACUGUUUGUGUCAUCUGGCUACUGGCGACAUGCUGAGAGCUGCAGUAGCUGCUAAAACUCCUCUUGGGACAAAGGCUAAAGAAGCGAUGGAUAAGGGAGAACUAGUCUCUGACGACCUGGUUGUCGGGAUCAUUGGUGAAGCGCUAAAGAAGCCUUCUUGUCAAAAAGGUUUUAUUCUAGAUGGAUUCCCAAGGACAGUGGUCCAAGCACAAAAGCUGGAUGAGAUGCUGGAAAAGCAAGGAACAAAAAUUGAUAAAGUGUUGAACUUUGCUAUUGAUGAUGCCAUUUUGGAGGAAAGAAUUACUGGCCGCUGGAUUCAUCCCUCAAGUGGUCGGACAUACCACACCAAAUUUGCUCCUCCAAAAGUACCUGGGGUGGAUGAUGUAACGGGAGAGCCUCUUAUUCAGCGCAAAGAUGACACUGCAGCUGUUCUGAAGUCUAGGCUCGAGGCUUUCCACCGACAAACUGAACCAGUUAUUGAUUACUAUGCCAAGAAAAGUGUUGUGGCUGACAUUCAUGCCGAAAAACCACCAAAGGAAGUCAGUGAAGCGGUGAAGAAGGCAUUAUCGUGAUUAAAUCAUUUUAUCGGAUCAGAAUCUUUUAUCUAAAAUGUUUUUGAGAUUUUGAUAUGUACACUCUCAUUUAUGGGGUCGAGUUUCAUGCUCCCCUCGAGUACUCUUCAUACAUUUUGAUGCUGAAAACAAGUUUUUACCAUUCGCUAUGAGGUCUAGUUGUAUGGCGAAAAUAAUUAGGAAGACAAUUACUUUUCAUGAAAUUUUGGGACUACUGUUUGCUGUAACACAAGGCUGGAAGUUCAUUUAAUCAUAUUUAGAUACCUUUUUUAA